AAGCUUGUCCGGGCCAUAACGAUGUCGUUCAUUGUCAUAUUUUAAAAUCAUUUGGCACAUUUGUUCACCAUCAUUGGACGGUGUGUCGCGCGAAAUAAUUACAUCGAUAUCUCCAAGGUCAAUGUCACACUUUGAGUUUAAAGGUCAAAAUUGGCAAAAAAUGAGCUUGUCUGGGCCAUAACUAUGUCAUUCAUUGUGAGAUUUUACAAUUAUUUGGCACAUUUGUUCACCAUCAUGGGACGGUGUGUCGCAUGAAAGAAUCACGUCAAUAUCUCCAAUGUCAAGGUCACCACAACUUAAAAUAGAUUUAUUUUGAAACAAACUUACAAAGGGGGUUAAUUUUGUUUGUUCAUUUCAAAAGUUCAGUUUGAGUUGUCUCCCUUAAUCAGAUUUUUUUUCACAAUGAAAACCUGGUUUUGUGACAAUUUUGUCCCUUGUUUAUGUUUAUUUCAGAGAGUGUGCAGUCUGAUCUCAUUGUGUAUCCUGCCACAAGUGAACAGAUGAAGCGCCCUGCUCCUGUUCUUAGAAUGCAGCCUUCAACGGCUAAUAUAGAGAGUGUGCAGUCUGAUCCCAUUGUGUGUCCUGCCACUAGUGAACAGAUGAAGCGCCCAGCUCUUGUUCUUAGAAUGCAGCCUUCUACGGCUAAUAUAAAUUCCAUUGCCUCAUGUACUUUGAGUGAAACAGAUGUCGAUGAGCAUCUGCAAUCCGUAGCACCUGACGGGUUUCCUGGUUACUCCGCCAUUCAGGAUUUGGCUGAAUAUAUGGUUGGUCUUGUGUCAGGCAAUGGCUCUCUCACAGCACAACAGGUUCAACAGGUGCUUGACUUGUGGAAAAACUUGUCUCCGUCUGACAAGCUGCGUACUGUCCUGAGGCUCGAUUUGAUACGGAUUGCAGCACACGUGCUCCGGAUUCAGUUCCAGCUGCAAAACCUGACUGCAAUCGUUAUGUUGAGGCCGUGGUACAGAGGCAAUUUGCCAUGUUUCCAGGCAACAGGGUUGUUGACAGGCAGACGGUUAAACGGAUGUCCCUCAUCAUGAACGGAUAUAACAAAAUCCGUGGUUCAAUCCACAGCAAUGCCAUAGUGAUGAGGGAGACAAAUAUCCACCUGCCUUUCCUAAACCAGCGUACCUUACAAGCAUGGCAUACUGAUCUUAUACGAAAGGAAAAUAAAGAUAUGCUUUCUCAAGGCUUGGAAGAGGGCAUGCAAAGAAUGACAGCUGAAAAACCAAUUCUACCAGCUGUCAAAUUACCAUCCACUCUUCAAGUGGGCGAUUAUCAACCCUUACAACUUUCCGUCCCUACCCAACACUUCUGUUAGUGUUCAGCCGAAGAAAAGAAAGUUGAAAACUACCAUUAGUCAAUCAGUUCCAACACCAAUUUUGCCAUCAGUGCCAACACUAAUUUUGCCAUCACCAAUCAAACCCCACUUGUUAUCCCUGUUGCCUCAAACAUAAUGCCUGUGUCGUUACAGCCAGCCAUGCACCGCCAAGCACAACGUUACCGACAAAUUAAAAUUAAGGAAGAGGCUGAGGGAAAAGUUCGCAGAUCAUACCACAAGAUAAAACCGGUCAGGAACUGUAAAACAUGUGGGGAGAUCAUCUCUAUAGAUGUGAAUUUAUGGGGCUCACUAUAUUGUCCUAAAACUGACAAGGAAACAUUAGAAGAGUUUAAAAAGAGACGUUAUCUUGAACGGUUUCCUGAUAAAAACACAUGAUAAAAGCAGUAAAUACUUAUUCAAUUAUUGUGUUAGUGGUUUUUUGUGUUACCGGUAAAUGUACAAUAAUGUCAUUUACAUUUUGUUCUACUGAAAAUGACAGUGACUUUUGUGUACUUCCAAAGUGAUUUGUUUGAGUUUCCGCAAAUUACAUUAACAAUUUCUGUGUUUUCACCACUGAUAGGUGACAGUGAUUUCUGUGUUUUUUACCACUGAAAGUGACAGUGAUUUCUGUGUAUUUACCACCGAUAGUGAACAUGAUUUCUGUGUUGAACUAUUAAUAGUGAAAGUGAUUUAUGUGUAUUUACCACUGAUAGUUAAAGUGAUUUCUGUGUAUAUACCACUGAUAGUGGGAGUGAUUUAUGUGUAUUUACCACUGAUAAUGACAGUGAUUUAUGUGUAUUUACCACUGAUAGUGACAGUGAUUUCUGUGUUUAACUACUGAUAGUGAAAGUGAUUUCUGUGUAUUCACCACUAAUAGUGACAGUGAUUUAUGUGUAUUUAAAAAGUUUACCACCAUGAAAAACCAAAAUAUUUUAAUGCUGCCUUCAAUUGCAAAGUUUGUUUACAGUGUUAUUUUUUACUCAAAAUAUUUUGAUAUACUAGUUUAAUUCUCUACAAUAAUGUUAUGCAAAUUACUGUUAUAUCUACCGGUUAUUCUUUUACAGUUUUGUACUGGGAAACUGUUUUUAAUUGUACACUUUGCAGUUGAAGAAGGUCCCAAGCUUUUAUUUGAAUAGCCAUUAUCGAUAAAUGAUCCAGUAUAAAUUGUUAAUGAUACAAAUUUUAUUGGUGUCUACAUUGUGCAUUAAACAAAUUUAUUUCCCGUUCGAAAAAACAAUUUAAAUACAUGUAAAAGUACAUUAAAAUGACUAAAAUAAUAAUAAAUCUGGGUAUGUGACCACAAUAAAGCAGAGGGAUAAAUUUUGGUUUAAUUGUAAAGGAAGGUACAAUAUAUAUUGAAUAAAAUAAAUGAACAUUCACUUUG